CUCGCAAAUAACACCUCUGUGCCGCUAUAUAUUCUACCUAUUUGUUUGCUUUAUUUUAUUGAUCAUUUGUCGACAGCGCGUCACCUCUCCGACUUUUCCUCCGAGCUCCACAGUCAGUUUUGAGGAAAAUCCCUUCGUAGGGUUUAACUCUGGGAAAGCUCUUCGCUGGCCCUGAAAGCCGGCGACCGUCCUUCGUGCGCUCUGCACAGAGGUUUUCAGUUUGUGCGCUCAUUUUGGAUUCACGUUCAUUUAUUCAACAUCGCUGCUCGACUGAAAUUAUUCUAGUUUCCAUCUGUGAAAGGAAACUCACUCGAGCGGAUUUUUAGACUGCUUGUUUGGUCGAACCUGCUCUCAGAAUUCCAGAAUUCUCAAUCCAUGAAACCGGUCUCCAAUGCUACGACGUCUCGUCACUCAUCGGAAGUUAAGUAGAAGAAAUAGAAGCUAUGAUACGAUUCAGAAAGCUAACCGAAUGGAGGCCAAUUUUGCUGGUUAGCUUUAUCUUCUUCCAAUACUCAAAGCAUGCACUCUCUCAGUCUUAUGACUGUUCAAUGUAUAAUGUUGUACAACAACCGGAAAAUCAGACCAGUGGAAGAUGGUACUUAACAGCUGCUACCCCCAUCCCUGCUGCAGGGCCGCCUGGUGUCAACACUUGUGGCUUGUUCGGAAACUGCGGUGGAUGCGGUGGUAUCGGAAUGGACAUGUUACCCAGCGGAGUAUCAUACUCGUACGGAUACAAUCCACAAUCAUACACCUCAUCAGUCCGACAAAUGACAAAUCAGUGGGUGUCACCAGCCCUUGGCAUUAUGCAAGUUAACUUUUACAGUGUUUCGGACGUCAAAGUAGGUCCUUUAUCAUUGAAUAAUGUGUACCCAUCGCAACCAGAUUUUAACACUUUGUACUUUGCGCUGCUCGGAUAUGAUGCUCAAAAUUGGAUGAUCUGGGGCUUAUGUAGAGGCGGCAACUACAAUGAUUUAUUCAGUCCAGGCGGGCAAGCUAGCGGCCAAUGCAUGUGUGCGGCUCCUUCAGGAGGUGGUG